AUGAACAAUGAAGAAGUACCUGAAGUCACUUCAUUUUUGAUAUCUAGCCAGCCUGCUUCAGUUGCAGUCCCUAGCUUGAUAAUUAACACUAGUAGUAACAAUAACACUGACCUCGAUGGUCUCACUUACAGAGCAUCGACACCAUAUUACGCCAGUGAACUCUUGAAGCGUUUCUCAAGCAUUGAGGAAAAGAAGUCUGGAUACUUUAGGGCUGUAGACUGGGCCGAUUUUUUCUUGUUCGUUGUUCCUACGCUGGUGGCAGAGCGUGUUCACGACCAAGUUGCCUGGAAUGCACUGCUUGGCUUAGUGAAGGCGUGCAGCCUACUCAUGAGCUGGGAGUUAUCAGCAGAGGAGCAAACCUCAAUUAGAAAAAACAUCAUUGCUUGGAACACUUACCUGGAAACCUUGUUUGCCAAUGGAGACAUUGAUAUUACUAUCUUCACCAUCAGCCAACACCUUCUCCAACAUUAUCCAGCAAUGAUAAUAGAGUAUGGGCCUCCAAGAGAAUACAGUACAAGAUGUGUAGAGAGAGCUAUCAGGGAAUACUCAAAAGCAAUAAAGAAGGGAGGUGAGCAUGUUGGUGCCAAAUCAGACAUUGAGUUCUGGGGGUCUUUGAGAUGUAGAUUGAUUGAUGAAAGUUUCAAAGGCAUCUCUUGCCUUCCGAUUCUGAUUCAAGCUUUCUAUGAAUCGAAGGGAGUUGAAUGUAGCAGGAUUAAACUGGUCAUAACAACAAGCCGCAAGGCUUUUGUUAAUGACUGUGUGAUUGACUCUUCAUUCGCCCAAACCCCACUAAGAGAGGCCCAUCACGUUUGUCUACAGGUCCAGGUUGACCUGUUUCAUAAUGUACAUCAGAGGAUUUUUUUUGGUAAGGUUGUUCUCUUUUUUGAGCAUGAGAAUUCUGGAAAAAGAUGGCUACUUGCCUUAGUGCAGGUUUAUUCUGUUGAAGAAUACAAUGGUGUGCCAGUGGCAAAAAAUGGACAAAUGAAGCCAAAGGUAGUCCACCUGGUAGAUGUCAAGAAGUUGGUUGGUCUGGCCAAAAACGAAGUCACAAUUACAAAAAAUGCCCCUUUUUUCCCGUAG